AUGCUUCGCUUAGGUUUGAAACAAUCAGUUAGAGCGGCAAGCGUUCGCUACAACGCUGCACGCUCAUUUGCGUCCACCGCUGCCCGCUUGAUUGGUAGAGAAGGUGAGCUUCCAAACCCAAGAGAUUUGCCUCGCAAGGAGUAUGGUGAACUACACGAGCCAAUCGUCAACCCAGCAGACAAGUACAAAGAGACGUCCGAGUCCUUGCACAAGUUUGGACAGUACUUGAUCACGACUUUGCCAAAGUUCAUCCAGAAGUUCACUGUUUGGAAGGAUGACUUGACCAUCUACGUUUCGCCAACGGCCUUGCUCCCGGUGAUGGAUUUCUUGAAGAACCACACAACCACUCAGUUCAAAUCCAUCGUUGAUAUCACCGGUGUAGACUACCCAAGCCGUACAAACAGAUUCGACGUCGUUUACCACUUGCUGUCUGUUCGUUACAACUCUAGAAUCAGAGUCAAAACCUAUGCAUCUGAAGUUUCCCCAGUUCCAAGUAUUACCUCUUUGUAUGAAGGUGCCAACUGGUAUGAGAGGGAAACGUAUGACAUGUACGGAAUCUUCUUCGAGGGCCACCCAGAUUUGAGAAGAAUCUUGACGGAUUACGGUUUCACCGGCCACCCUCUCAGAAAGGACUUCCCAACCACCGGUUACGAUGAGGUUUACUGGGACGAGGAGAAGAAGAGAGUCGUCUACAAACCAUUGGAACUAACACAAGCUUUUAGAAACUUUUCAGUCGGCUCCAGUGUUUGGGAACAAGUUGGUGAUGAGGUAUUCCUAUAUUUGGUGUUCUCUACCAAGUGA